GUAUACUACUACUCUCACGCAAGCCAGACCGACGGGGCGUAACACUGCGAGAGUUCCACAGACCAGACCGACCACGUUUGUCUGGUUUUGCGGAGUUCGGUGCACACGGUGUUGUACGCACGAAGCGGCGUGGCUACCGUUUGUUUGCACCAAUCACAUAGCGCCUCACCCAUUGGCGCAUUGGUGCAAUGUCGUAUUGGCGAGUUUGCAAUGGUGAAGAGCAGAUGAUUGAUAACCCGGGGUCACACAUACGACACGACCAUCGUUGCACGAGUUAGCGCGACACAACGGAAACUGCUCAUGCACCGUAUGUACUGGGAUGGCGAUUACUGGAACACCAACUUACUCAUUCGGUCACACAACCUUCGGACUACAUUGCGGGAAAAGUACCUGGUCGGCCGCUAAUGAACCUGUAGCCAAAGAGCGAUCCCAUUCAUCAGAUUCUACUACCGCAAAGUAUAUGAAUUCACACAGCCAUAAAGGUUCAAAGGCUGUGUGUGGAAGACACCUGACGGUUAGAACAUUCCACAAAAUUCUCGACUGUCUCAAUGAGUUACAAAAGAGAAAAGCCCUUUGUCCUAGACAUGAAUCAGUUGUGUUUGUUUCUCAGUUGACUUCGACUGAGAUCCCCUCAUACACCGGUGGUGGUGACAAUCUAGAAAAACGGUAUCUCGGAGUCUUGCAUCAACUGGAGCAAAUCUAUCACUGCCCGAGUUGUCGUAACUUGUUGAAGAAAAACGAUGGUCUUUCUUGUCAGAAUGAAGACUUUGUUCAUCAAAAGCGAUUGUUUCUUCGCCUAAUAAAGCAAUGCUUAGGCAGUACAGACAACGAACUCAAAGACACUUUGGAGGGGAAUAGUUACACAAUGCGAUUGUCGAAUCUGCCUUCAGAAAAUUGUCCACUUGGUUCGGUUGAUGACUCGAUCAUGAAAGAACGUCAUUCCAGACCACUUGACAAAUCGCAGUAUUGCUGGGAAUGGUUACUGUGCUCGGUGGAUGAAACAGAUGAAACUGACUGUUCAGAUUAUCUCCAUGAGUUUGGUCCCGAUAAGCACCGUGCAGUGUUUAUGAAUCACUCAAAUCUGUGUCCGUCCUGGUCAGGAUGCGAUACCGCUUCCCAGAGCGCAGGUUCGAUGCCUUUAAGGAUUGAAAUCAACUGUGAUGAUAACAUAGUCUCUCGUUUCUUACUUCAGUCUCCAGACUGUCGGCGUCCGAGAAGAUUCCCUGAACGCAAUGAGUUAAUAUCAAAAGGUCAAGCUGUUCCUCAAGCGAAUCGUUGUUCCCGUAGACAACUUCCCCACAGAGUGUCCCGACAGCCGGAAAAACGUAUGCGGACAAAGCCCAAACCGAGCAUAUGUGAACACUACUCAGCUGAAGUCACAUCCUCGAACACAUUUCCCAAUGGCCAAGGUGACGAACUGGUACAUACCGGCUGCCGACGAACACCGUGGUUUGCCACACCCAGAGAGUGCAAAUUCGACCACCAGUUGUGGUCUGCGUUCAGUAGCAUGAACUUGUGCUCCAGUACGGAAGAGGAAGAUCGCUUUCGGCGAAAUUCACAAACUCUCGAUUUCCUCUCCUCUCUCUCACCCACACUAAAUAUCAUUCCACCACCAAAUCACAACCCGUUCGCAAAGAAUGAAUCCGUGUGAAUCAGUUUUGCUGUUCAACUUUGACCCGGUCACACGCUUGUGUACAUAGAAACCAAAGCUCCCUUGAGUAGGAUACUCUUUUGAACGGGAUAUUUUUCUCUAACCCUGUAAAUAUCUUCUUUGCUCAUGGUUAACAAUGUGUGCGGUUUUCGUGAAACGCUAUUAUUUAUAUGUGCGACUCUACCAGAAACGAAUUGUUAUUUAAGUGCACACGCAUUCUCAGUCCCGUUUUUUUUUCGCUCAGCGUAAACUCCUUCCAUGCUGACACCUCUUCAGUCCUUUCGCCCCAAUAUCCACGUCAUUUUAUCCGACAUGUUACAAUGCGUUGUCAAGUAAAGCUACCGAUUCUGCCAAAGAUGCAGGUAGCAACCGGUGAUCAUGAUGAGUGAGGUUACUAUUUUUCUUUUGUAUUUUUGGGUCCAAUUCAUUCCGGAGUUGGAGUUCUAGCUACGAAUGGACAGGCUCGAAUCCACCACUGGCCCACGAACUUCGCAUUCUGAAGCUUGUGCAAAUUUUCGUACUGUAGUCCAAUGAACUAGGUGUCAGAACUGAAUGAAUCACUUUUCAAGGGAUAUGAGGUUAAUUUGGUCAUUAUAAAUUCUGUACCAAAUCGUAAAAAACAACCGUGGUGCUCCUGCUGCAGUGGUGUUCAGAUUGUACCAAAUAUCUUAGAAGUUCAUCACUCGACACCGUUGAAGCGAAUCCUUGCUGCGUUGCGUCUAGGAAACUUCCUCUUUUAUGAUAAUUCUGUAUUCCGUGACACAAGAAAGUUAC